AUGUCGGUAAGAAAUCGUACGUCACCCAGUCCUAACAGGAUAAGAGCCGAACAUCUGAAGAACCUUCCGCCAGUACUCAUCAAUACCCUGGCGAGGCUCUUUAUACGUUACCUGUCGGAAUGCAAGGUUCCUAAACAGUGGAAGACCAGCAAGACCGUGUUGUUGUAUAAGAAGGGAGAUCCACAUGACAUUGGCAACUAUCGAUGCUUGCUAUCCGUCAUCUACAGGCUCUUUACAGGAGUGAUCCUAAACGGGAUUGAAAAGUUUUGGAUGAAGGACAGCCAUGCGAACAAGCAAGGUUUCGAAAAGAAUUCUGCACAAUUGACCACAUUCACACUGUUUCCAAACUCAUCACGAAAAGAUAUCACGAGAUUACGGGAUUCCGCCCUUCUCACCCUCAUCGACUUGAAAAAGGCCUCCGAAACAACUGAGGCGGAAGCGGUCAUUUAA